AUGAAAAGUACGGCUAGAAGCUAUUUCUGGUGGCCCGGACUGGAUCGCGACAUUGAGCUGACAGCGAAGACGUGUCACAAAUGCCAAACGUACGCGAGGUCUGCUUCUGCUGUGAUAGAUUCCCAACUCAAGCACGCCCAGUUACCUUGGCACACACUGCACAUAGAUUUCGCGGGUACACUAGACGGGUACUACUACCUAGUAGUAGUAGAUGCGUUCCCGAAGUGGCUGGAGGUGAGAAGAAUGAAAAGCACAACUUCCGCCAGCAUCGUGGGCGAGUUGCGCAAAUUGUUCUCAACGUUUGGCGUACCUCGGGUUGUUGUUUCCGACAACGCACCGAACCUUGUAUCUGCCGAGAUGGCCCAGUUCUACCAUCGAAACGGAGUCAAGCAUCGAACACGUGCACCUUUUCAUCCAGCCACCAACGGUCAAGCCGAACGGAUGGUUGGCGAAACAAAACGAGCUUUGAAGAAGCUGACAGGCAGCCUAGACUGCCGUCUUGCCCGCUUCCUUUUUAAACAGCACACGACUGUGUCGGCGACGACACAUAAGACACCGGCGGAGCUCCUGUUUGGCCGUCGUCUCACGACUCCACUGGAUCUCCUUCAUCCAGAAGAGGAGUACGCCACCUCACAGCACAGUGAUCUAGCCUCGCUUGAAUCUCGUUACAAGGUUGGACAAGCCGUAUACAUCCGUACAUUCGACAGUGAUCGUCGGUGGACGUCGGCCGUCAUUCAACAACACACGGGCCGGUGCUCUUUUGCGGUUAGCACCAGCGAUGGAAAGGUUCAUCGACGCCAUGUCGAGCAUAUCAAAGCUCGACUCGACACGCCGGGAGAGCGAGGUGCACCCGAGCCUGACGGCAUAACUUCUGCUAGUCUUCUCCUGUUUCCACACGAAGGGGACGAUCACAGCGACGAACAACAGUCGCAGUCCGCUGAACAAAACUGGAAUAGCAGGACCCAGCCCACCGAUCGUGACCUAGCAUCUAACCGACAAGAGCAAGCACAAAUGCUGGACGAUGACAACGUACAACGUCAGGAUUCCUGCCCUAGUUCUUCCACCCAAGCAACUGGAAACCACGAACGUCCCCGACAUCAACGGAGAGCACCUCAGCAAUUUAAAGACUUUGUGCUAUCAUAA